AUGGCGACCCCUCGAGAAUCCUCACCUCCAGCUUCGAGCGGAGGAGAUACUAUUGACGAUGGUGCGCAACCGCAGCCAACAGAAAUCGAGCAAGACGAUCAGUCUACCGUUGAAGUCUCUGUCCUCACUCCGGGCGCAAAAGUACCCCGCAAACGAAAGACACCUGGCUCAGCUUCCCAGUCGCGCAAGAAGCGAGGUCCAUCCUUGCUGCACGAUGGGCCACCUGAGGCCACCGAAGAUGAAGGUAGCGUCGUCUCCGUCGCAAAGAGCAGCAAGAAGGCCGAAGGUACACCGGAUCCAACCCGCACCGUCGGCACAGCUGUAGGCUAUCGACGCCAGGCAAACGGCACUGUUGGAUCUGUCUACUCUGGCAGCAAGAUCAGACACAUCAAGAAAGAAGACGGAACUCCCCUAUGGCGGAAGGAGAUACAGUACGAGUUCCUUCGUCUCGUAAUCGAAGACAAAACCCCCGUCUUCACCCGCUACAGCGAUGGUAAGACAGGAUGCAACUUCGCCGACAUCUACAUCGAUUGUCUAGUCCAAAGCAGUAAGACCAGCAAGAUUCUCAAAGACCGCCUGCAAAUCGAUAGACAAGCUGCGCAGAACAUGGCCAUGAUUUGUCUCUUGGUCAAUGUAGGCAGGAUGAACACGACACUCAACUUCUUCCCGGAGAUGCGUGCUCAACUACGAACCUAUCACUCGAUUCCCUCGCUCCAGGCAUACAAGUCGCAAAAAGACUAUAAAUCGUUGCAAGAUGCACCACGACUGAAGUCAAUUCUGAAGGGCGCAAGCGAAGACGAUGAACACCCACGAUCUAUUCAAGCUCUGCAUCGCCGAAAAGUACCGAGAACCAACGCCGUCAACCUGAUCUUCGUCAUUUCGCAGUUCGCCCCUCGUAUCAGUGAGGAGCACUUCCUUGACAAGGUUGACUUCUUCGAUCUGACGAUGCGAUCCACCAUCUCCUCGAAAAGCCGCGCUCGUGCUUUCUUGUGGCUGAUGUGGUAUUACCUCGAGAGUGGCUUUCAAAAGGAAGAUGGCCUGGGGAAUCCUUUCGGAGCGGGGUCUUACCACCCGGAUGACGAUCCAAAUGAUCCGGAAGUCCUCGCUACUAUCGUCCCGACUCUCGAUCACAUCACUCCUGAAGAAGGAGAUGCAGAGAACUUCGAUCCCCCCGAAGAGCUCGAAUUUGCGGAGAAGAUGACUAAAGAGCGGAAGCGCAUCAUGGAGCAGGUUGCCAAUGAGCCGCCGCUCACUAUGGCCGACCCAAGCAACCCGGAGAACAAGUCUGUGAAACGUCUGAAGAAGAAUGCUGCCAUAUUUGGUGAAGAUGACAGCACCAUCAUGUCCGAUCUAGACUCUAGGGCGAGUCCUGGCCUUGGUCGAAGUCCAGCGCCAGGCGAGAACGUCAUGGCCAUGAAUUCGGCGCUGGGCGCUCAAGCCGAUAGCAUCGACGACGACUUCGAAAUGCAUGACCCCCACCCUGGACGAGGACGUUACAAGCGAGUACGCGGAAAGAACACUCCGUCGAGGUCCAAAGGAGUCGGUGCCCCUAGUUCUGGUAGAAAACGAGGUGCCGGUACUCCGGAGCUCAGAGCAACCCCUCAACCGCUACAGCCAGGAACCCAGAGUGUUCUGAGUCAGUACGGUCAGUCCAAGGCUGAGGGCUCGCUAGGUACUUCGGCUGCCGCACCGGGGAAGUCCAGGGCACGGACUGGCUAUCAGCGUGAGCUUGAGGAGCACAAACAGAAGCGAAUCGAGUGGGCUCUCCGGCAGAGACGAAAACAAAUGAUGGCUCAGGCAGCACAAGCCAGGGAGCAGACGCGUAUGAUUCUCCGAACGGCGCGUAGAGUCCAAGAUCUUGAAGCGACUUAUGACUCUGAGGAAGAGGGCGAUGGUAUCGCCUCAACAGGGCUAGGUGGUAUUAUCGGCCGAGUCUACAUCGCACCUGAUGAGGUUGUGCGAGAUGUCAGCACCUACGAGUCCGAAGACUGGGGCGAAGAAGUCGAGUCCUGGCUCAAAGCCACCAAGCGUAUCAGGCGGCGCCUCGAGGUCUGGGAUGGCGACCGGGAUAUCCAUACCUACAACGCCAGCAUGAGGCGCGCAGGUCGACCCAAAUCCUACCGGCCUGGCUUGGUUCACGAUGACAGCGAGGACUACAAGGGUGCUUACAGAACCUCGGCGCCACUGAUUUCCAGGACGGCUGAGACUGGUCCAAAGACUAAAAGGGAGAUGGACGCCCAGAUCGAGUUGGACCUGCUCGCAGAGAGAAGUGAUGGUGAUGAGGAAAUGGGCGACACCCCAAUGCAGGAUGAUGGAGAUGGCAUGGAAGCAGAUGUGGAGGGUGAAGGCGAGGGCAGCGAUGUGGCCAUGGAGUAA